GGUUCUGCGCUGGAAGUCUCCGGGUGAGUCGCUGUUGCUGAGGCUGUCGCCUGAGGUUUUUCGCGCUCCUCCCUUUCCUCCUCCUCUUUCUCCUCCUCCUUAUCCGAACCCCAGUCAGACCGAUCUGCUCUGCUCUCGGUGACCUUGCAACUUCAUGGAUGACGACAAACCUUUUCAACCAAAAAACAUUUCAAAAACGGCAGAACUCUUUAUGGAAUGUGAAGAAGAAGAGCUAGAGCCAUGGCAGAAGAAAGUAGAAGAAACUCAGGAUGAGGAUGACGAUGAACUGAUCUUUGUUGGAGAGAUAUCAAGUUCAAAACCAGCCAUUUCAAAUAUUUUGAACAGAGGCCACUCCAGCUCAUCUUCAAAAGGAAUAAAGAGUGAGCCACACAGUCCAGGUAUUCCUAAAAUAUUCAGGACUGCAAGUCAACGCUGCAGAGACCCACCAUCGACUCCAGUGGCUGCCUCGCCUAGAUUUCAUCUUGUAUCUAAAUCUUCACAAAGCUCUGUUACUGUUGAGAAUGCAUCUAAACCUGAUUUUACAAAGAAUUCACAAGUUGGAUCGGAUAAUUCUUCAAUUUUACUGUUUGACUCGACCCAGGAAUCACUAUCACCAUCCCAAGACAUACCAGCAAUUUUUAGAGAAGGUAUGAAAAAUACUUCAUAUGUGUUAAAACAUCCUUCUACUUCUAAAGUAAACAGUGUUACUCCAAAAAAACCAAAGACCAGUGAAGAUGUUCCUCAGAUAAAUCCCCCCACUUCAUUGCCUUUAACUGGCUCUCCUCCAGUGACAUCCUCCAAAGUUAUGCUGUCAAAAGGUACAAAUACCUCACCUCCAUAUGAUGCUGGAGCAGAUUACCUAAGAGCUUGUCCAAAGUGCAAUGUUCAGUUCAAUCUUUUGGAUCCUUUGAAAUACCACAUGAAGCGUUGUUGUCCAGACAUGAUAACUAAAUUUUUGGGAGUAAUUGUUAAAUCAGAACGUCCAUGUGAUGAAGACAAGACUGAUUCAGAGACAGGAAGGUUGAUCAUGUUAGUCAAUGAGUUUUAUUAUGGAAGGCAUGAAGGAGUCACUGAGAAAGAGCCAAAGACUUACACAACCUUUAAAUGCUUCAGUUGCUCGAAAGUUCUUAAAAAUAAUAUUAGGUUUAUGAACCACAUGAAACAUCACUUGGAACUUGAGAAGCAGAACAGUGAAAGCUGGGAAAACCACACCACCUGCCAGCACUGUUACCGGCAAUAUCCCACACCCUUCCAACUGCAGUGCCACAUUGAGAGUACACACACUCCCCAUGAGUUUUCUACUAUUUGCAAAAUCUGUGAAUUAUCAUUUGAAACAGAGCAUAUUCUUUUACAACAUAUGAAGGACACCCAUAAACCUGGUGAAAUGCCAUAUGUUUGCCAGGUUUGCCAGUUUAGAUCAUCAACAUUUUCUGAUGUAGAAGCUCAUUUUAGAGCAGCCCAUGAAAACACUAAGAACUUGCUAUGUCCAUUUUGCCUCAAAGUUAGUAAAAUGGCAACCCCCUACAUGAAUCAUUACAUGAAGCAUCAGAAAAAAGGAGUUCAUCGUUGCCCAAAAUGCAGACUACAAUUUUUGACCAGGAAGGAGAAAGCUGAACAUAAGGCGCAGCAUCGUACAUUUAUAAAGCCUAAAGAACUAGAAGGAUUGCCUCCUGGAGCAAAAGUUACUAUUCGAGCUUCACUUGGACCUCUCCAGUCAAAAUUACCAACUGCAUCUUUCGGUUGUGCUCCAGGCACUUCUUUUCUUCAGGUCACACCUCCGACAUCUCAAAAUACAACUGCUAAAAAUCCUAGAAAAUCUAAUGCCAGUAGAUCUAAGACAAGUAAGCCUCAUGCAACUACAUCCACUGCAAGUAAAGCUAAUACAAGUAAGCCAAGGCGACGUAUAGCUACAAGUAAGCCUCAUGCAACUACAUCCACUGCAAGUAAAGCUAAUACAAGUAAGCCAAGGCGACGUAUAGCUAAGUGCAAAGCAAAACCCUCUUACAAGCAAAAGCGACAGCGCAACAGAAAAAAUAAAAUGAGCCUUGCUUUGAAGAACAUAAGGUGUCGUCGGGGAAUUCACAAGUGCAUUGAAUGUCAUUCCAAAAUAAAAGAUUUUGCAAGCCACUUUUCUAUAUACAUCCGCUGCAGUUUUUGCAAGUACAAUACUAACUGUAACAAAGCCUUUGUAAAUCAUAUGAUGAGCUCUCAUAGCAACCAUCCAGGUAAACGGUUUUGUAUUUUCAAGAAGCAUUCAGGAACUCUCAGGGGCAUUACUCUAGUGUGCCUUAAAUGUGAUUUCCUAGCUGAUUCUUCUGGCUUAGAUCGUAUGGCUAAACACUUAAGUCAACGUAAAACUCAUACUUGCCAAGUUAUAAUAGAGAAUGUUUCCAAAAGUACCUCAACUUCUGAACCCACUACUGGCUGCUCAUUGAAAUAGAUUCCUGCUCCAUGGAGUUCAUGCAACCUGGUGCAAGACAAGUUGGAAGUUCCUAAGUUCAAAGUUCUGAAGUAUUUUCUCACACAAAGGGCAGUUAAACAGCCAAGUUUAUGACACUAGCUCUCAUUAUUCAGCCCUUUUCAGCUUUCAGAUGCCACUACAUUGUUAUUCCACCUUAUCUUUGCGUCAGGUUAACAUAUCUUUAACAUAUUUUUUUCUCCAGUUGGCUCUCUCCAAAAAUGCCUUUUGUUUUUCUCUGCUAUACUUGACUUGCCUUCAGAAUAUUACAUUCCAGGUAAUAUGACUGUUCAUCUUUUUCUGUCUGUUUUGUCUGCUUUCUUAAUUUCUUAUAAGUCUUACAUGUUUAGGUCAGAUAACCAUUUUUUCUUCAUUCCUUGUUCAUUACUGUUCUAUUUUUCAUAUUUUUCAAAUGAAGAAGCAACACAUAAGUUUCAAAAAAUAUCCAGGGUACUCCUGGACAGUGUCCCCUUUUGAUGGACACAACUGAUACCUGUUCUUUCUUUCCAAGAAAUGUGAAUUAUUUGACUGUGAGACCUCCUCUAGUUUGUGGCCUUCAGAAAUCAGAUCUUGGGGAGAGUCCCUUCCUACCUGACUGACCUCCCAUAAGGCUGAUACUGAUUUGGCCAGAGAUGACCUCAAGGCCCACCAAAUAGAGCACAGCUUCCCAUUGGGAGCUUUGGCUUUUGAUCUUAAGCUUAUGGGUCGAUUCUAACCAAGAAAAGUCCAUGAGAUCAGUGCUUCAACAUCCAGGUUGACGUUUAACCAUUUUGGCUGCUGCUCUUUAAUUUUCCUCUAGCAGGCAUGCAGUCCAAGGAAUAUCAAAAUUCUGAUUGUAUGGGAACCAAGGUUACUUUCUUGUUCUUGGAUAAAGAAAAUUUCUACGAUUACAGUUCCCAAAGACACAGUUGUUCAUGUUAUUUAAAGUUUUAUCCAGUAUUCUAGGAAUUUUCAGCAAUACUAAUAUUCUCAUUUUUAAACAUUUUUUACAUUUUAUUUUGUUUUAUUUUGGUAGCUUGGUUUUAUAUUGUUUUUAGAUCAGUGCUUCAACAUCCAGGCUGACGUUUAGCCAUUUUGGCUGCUGUUCUUUAAUCUUCCUCUAGCAGGCAUGCAGUCCAAGGAAUAUCAAAAUUCUGGUUGUAUUGGGAACCAAGGUUACUUUUCUUGUUUUUGGAAAAACAAAAUUUCUACCAUUACAGUUCCCAAAGUCAGUUAUUCACGUUUUCAUUUAAAGUUUUAUCCAAUAUUCUAGGAAUUUUCAGCAAUACUGAUAUUCACUUUAUUUUUUUUCUUUUUUUAAGACAGAGUCUUGCUCUGUCACCCAGGCUGGAGUGCAGUGGCGCGAUCUUGGCUCACUGCAAGCUCCGCCUCCUGGGUUCACGCCAUUCUCCUGCCUCAGUCUCCCAAGUACCUGGGAUGACAGGCGCCUGCCACCACGCCCGGCUAAUUUUUAAUUUUUUGUAUUUUUAGUAGAGACAGGGUUUCACCAUGUUAGCCAGGAUGGUCUCGAUCUCCUGACGUCAUGAUCAGCCCGCCUCGUCCUCCCAAAGUGCUGGGAUUACAGGUGUGAGCCGCUGCACCCGACCGAUAUUCACAUUUUUAAACAUUUUUUUUAAUUUUAUUUUGGUAGCUUGGUUUUAUAUUGUUCUUAAAUUUAUUUUACUCUAUUUUAUUUUUCCAUCACUUCUUUGUCCCAGAUUCAUGAAAUUUGCUGAUGUCCAUUUUAUGUCUACUUUUGAACUCUUCUCUUUGUGUUUGUUUUGUUCUUAUUACAAACUCCAAGACAUUUCUUAGAAUUGCCUACAGAUUUCGUGUAGCUACUUAUUGGUAGCUUCUUAAUUUCAUACUUGUCCAGACCAUUAGACAUUAUUACAUGCUCUGUCUUGGGCCUAUCAUUAACAUUAGCUUAGGGAUUCUGAUUUCAAAGACAUAAAGAAUUGGCAAAACUCUUCUUACAGAACUUAAAACAAGUUUUAAAGUUACAUUUCUAUACAUCUAAUACAUAAUACCUUCUUAGCCAUUAAUGUAAUUCCUCUGGAUAAAGAUAAUAUAUUCAAAAAAUAUUGGGACCAAAAAAUGCACUUGUUUCUUGCUCAUAUAUAUAUAGAUGUAUAUUUUUUUAAUUUCUUGUGUGUUUAUUUUGGUUACAUUGAAUACAGAUUUGCUGAACAGUUUUGAUGUUAUUUUUUUAAUAAAAUUUGUAUUGUUAAA